AUGCAGUACGUCAGAAGCCUUAGCGGUUCGGUGUCGAAGACAUGGAAUUCGAUCAACCCCGCCACCUUGAGCGGAGCUAUUGAUGUGAUUGUCAUAGAGCAAGAAGAUGGAACCCUUGCCUGCUCGCCCUUUCAUGUUCGUUUUGGAAAAUUCUCGCUUUUGCGCCCAUUUGAGAAGAAAGUGGAAUUCAAGGUCAAUGGAAUCAAACAACAAUAUGCAAUGAAGUUAGGAGAAGCAGGUGAAGCUUUUUUUGUAUUCGAAACCACCGACGAGAUCCCCGCAUCACUGCAAACUUCCCCGCUGGUAUCACCCGCUACCAGUCCAAAAGUUCCCACCGAAGAGGGCUUUGGGUCAUCGCUUCAGGAACCAGAAUUUUUGGACCUGGAAAAAAAUGAUGACGUGGUGUCCGAGGGGGCGAAAACCCCACCCAGCAUUCCCAUAUCACGACAGUCGCGAGCUGCAACCGAUCUAGGCACAAUGACACCAUUGUCGCGGUCUCCAGACGACUCAGAUCUAAGCCAUGAUCCAUUCAAUACCCAUCACCGAAACAAACCUUCUCUCGACCAUUCGGUAUCCGAGGGUUUAUUGUCGACUAGCCUCCCCCGGGCUACAACCGAACAGUUAUCUUCUUCUCCAACAGGCUCUUCCGUCGUGCCCCUGGAUGAAGAUGCCGAACGAGCUCGUUCUCGUAGUCCACCUCCGCUAUCUGUAGAAGAAGCGAUGUCUCGCGCCAUUUCAUUGUCGAAGAAACUGACUGGAUCUAACAUCCAAUCGCAUGUCACGGAAACAGGCGACCUUAUGUUGGAUAUGACCGGCUACAAAAGCAACGAAGAAGAUGCUCUUCGAGCAGAGGUUCUCGCCCGCAAGAUUCUUGCAGAGGAAUUGGAAGGGAGCUAUGAUAUUGGUGCACUUAUUGGAGCCGACGAACAUGGAAACCUCUGGAUCUAUAGUAGUGAAGAGGCAAAAGGAGCCGCCGAUCGGAGGGCUGCCAUCAAUUCCAUGCGACCCAACACAGUCCUGAAUGAUGAUGCAAUUUCGGACCCAGGAUACCACAGUGAGGGUGAGCAUCAUGUUACAUCGGAGCUACCUAUUGGCGUUCGCCAUCAUCGAACCAAGUCAGAUGUCCAGCCUGGCUUCCCAACACCCCCUCAAACACCAAUGCAUGAUUCGUUUGCUAUUGAAACUACUCGCAACUACGCCAAGACAUUGCGGUUGACUAGUGAUCAACUUAAGGCCCUUCAAUUGAAGCCAGGCGCCAAUAUCAUGUCUUUCAGUGUGAACAAGGCGACAUGUACUGCAUCAAUGUAUCUGUGGAACGGAAACACCCCACUUGUGAUUUCCGAUAUCGAUGGAACAAUUACAAAGUCCGAUGCAUUGGGUCAUGUUUUGAAUAUGAUUGGACGUGACUGGACUCAUACUGGAGUCGCCAAAUUGUACACUGAAAUCGUGAAUAAUGGCUAUAAUAUAAUGUACCUGACCAGUCGAUCCGUUGGUCAGGCUGAUAACACACGAGCAUACCUUUAUGGUGUCAACCAGGACGGAUAUCGACUUCCCCGAGGCCCUGUUAUCUGCAGCCCAGAUCGGACAAUGGCAGCAUUGAGGCGAGAAAUUUAUCUCCGAAAGCCAGAAGUGUUCAAAAUGGCAUGCCUUCGAGAUAUUCUCAAUCUAUUUUCUGGGAAGGAAAAUCCAUUCUACGCUGGGUUUGGCAAUCGAUUGACCGAUGCCUUGAGUUAUCGAACCGUCAAUAUUCCGUCCACGCGAAUCUUCACCAUCAACUCUAAUGCCGAGGUUUCCCUGGAUCUGCUCAGUCUCAACAAGUACAAGAGCAGCUAUGUCACCAUGCAAGAGUUGCUUGAUCAUUUCUUUCCUGCCACUAGCCUUCUCGUUCAUUCGGGUGGUGAAGAAUACACAGAUUUCACCUACUGGCGAGAUACACCCCAGAAUCUGGAUGAUUUCUCAACCACUGAUAGUGAGGAUGAAGAUGAGGAUGAGGAUGAGGAAGCAGGCGAUGAUGAUGAUGAUGAUGAAGAUGCAGAUGAGGCAGAUUAUGAGGACGACGAAAGCGAUGGCGAGGAAUAUGAGGAAGGCACUGAUCUUGGUGCUAGCUACCUCUCUCAAGGCUCUGUCUUGUCUAACCCCGCCGGAUCAAUCUUGGAAUCCGUGGAAGGGGAUCCAAACCCUCUGGACCUUGAAACUGAUGCCGAGGAAGAUGAGGGUCUGCCUGAAAUGAUCAAACCUACGGAUAUCAAAACUCUACCAAUUCGUCCCAAGUCUUCAUUCUAA